AUGUAGCCACAGGUGAUGGAAAAGGGUAAUACGAGUUCUUUCGAAGGCUUCAUCCUGGUGGGCUUCUCUGACCGUCCCCACCUAGAGCUGAUCCUCUUUGUGGUUGUCCUUGUCUUUUAUCUGCUGACUCUUCUUGGCAACAUGACCAUCAUCUUGCUUUCAGCUCUGGAUUCCCGGAUGCACACACCAAUGUAUUUCUUUUUAGCAAACCUCUCAUUCCUGGACAUGUGUUUCACCACAGGCUCCAUCCCUCAGAUGCUCUACAACCUUUGGGGCCCAGAUAAGACCAUCAGCUAUGUGGGUUGUGCCAUCCAGCUGUACUUUGUCCUGGCCCUGGGAGGGGUAGAGUGUGUCCUCCUGGCGGUCAUGGCAUAUGACCGCUACACUGCAGUCUGCAAACCCCUGCACUACACUGUCAUCAUGUACCCACGUCUCUGUGGACAGCUGGCUUCAGGGGCAUGGUUGAGUGGCUUUGGCAAUUCUCUCAUAAUGGCACCCCAGACAUUGAUGCUACCCCGCUGUGGGCACAGACGGGUGGAACACUUUCUCUGUGAGAUGCCAGCACUAAUUGGCAUGGCCUGUGUAGACACCGUGACGCUUGAGGCACUGGCUUUUGCCCUGGCAGUCUUUAUCAUCCUGGCACCACUCAUCCUCACUCUCAUUUCUUACGGUUACAUUGCAGGAGCAGUGCUUAGGAUCAAGUCAGCUGCUGGGCGACAGAAGGCCUUCAGCACUUGCAGCUCCCAUCUAAUUGUUGUCUCUCUCUUCUAUGGUACAAUCAUAUACAUGUACCUCCAGCCAGCAGAUACUUAUUCCCAGGACCAGGGCAAGUUUCUUACCCUUUUCUACACAAUUGUCACUCCCAGUGUUAACCCCCUGAUCUAUGCACUGAGAAAUAAAGAUGUCAAAGAGGCCAUGAAGAAGGUGCUAGGGAAACGGAGUGCAGAAAUAUAGGAAGGGGUGAUUAAAUUUUAGGAUUGUGUUUUGACCCAUCUUCUAUAUAUGUUGUUAGACCUAGCAAAUAAAGGAAUGUUUUGGCAUUGCAGACUGAAGAGACAUUUAAUGAGAUGGGGAAUUCAAUGGUUUAGCUAGGUCAAGAAAGUAUGGGCUGAGAGCAGUGGCUCACGCCUGUAAUCCCAGCACUUUGGGAGGUGGGAGUAUUGCUGCCUGAGUCCAGGCAUUU